UUGCUGCCUUUUGUGAGCUUCGUGGGCCUCCUGACGCCGCCUCCUCAUAGGGCGCAGCUGCUGGACUGGGGAGACGCCAACUGUCGGUUUGGUUAGCUGGCUGUAAACAAAUCUGUACACCUCCGAGAUGUACGGAAAAGAAACCUUUUGUGCGAACCUGUUUGCUGCGCCGUAACAGCAGGUUUUAGCGCUCGUCAUGUAGGUAAACUCAGUGUUAUUUGACGCCCGGGAGCGGUGUAACUUUUGUGGACAGCUGAUUUUUUUUCUUAUUUUUAAUUUUGGUUAAACCAAAGUCAUCAUUUAACCGGUGGGAUCCCGGACAUUUUGUUGCUAUGCUCACCUAAAUCGCUAGCUAACUAAGUGAAGAAGCUGGAUAAUUUUGUGUGUCUUUUACAUCACGGAGCUCAGCUAGCUUUGAUAAUAUUCCCUUGAACAUGGCAUCUGCUGCCGCGGAGCACGACCUGGCUCUGUCCGAGGCGGACAGCAGCAAGGAGAAAGGCCAGGUGUUCGGGAUCCUCAGGCUACAGGAGGAGAAAUCAGGUGCAGGGGACAAGGCGAACAGCAGCACAGGGAGAGCAGCAGCAGGAGGAGUAGGUGGAGGAGGCGGCGGUGUGGGAGACGGGCGAUGGCAGGCUCCUAUCUUCGCUUUAGCCAGGAAAGCAUCAGAGACCAUUUCAGGAAGCAUUCACGUCCUUCCAAAAGUGUCGGAACACAGGACUUCCCUUCCUGGUGACUGGACUGUCCAAGCGAUGCGUGACCCGAUGGCCAUGGAGCGAGCCAACCUGCUGAACAUGGCGAAGCUCAGCAUCAAAGGCCUGAUCGAGUCAGCUCUGAGCUUUGGCCGGACGCUGGACUCGGACUACCCGCCUCUGCAGCAGUUCUUUGUGGUCAUGGAGCACUGCCUGAAGCACGGCCUCCGAGUGAAGAAAUCCUUCCUGGGGUUCAGCAAGUCUCUGUGGGGACCUCUGGAGCUGGUGGAGAAGCUGUGUCCAGAAGCGUCAGAGAUCUCUGCCUCUGUUCGAGACCUUCCCGGCCUCAAGACUCCUCUGGGCCGGGCCAGAGCCUGGCUCCGCCUGGCGCUCAUGCAGAAGCGGCUGGCCGACUACCUGCGCCUCCUCAUCACCAGGAAAGACCUGCUCAGCGACUUUUACGAGGAUUCGGCGCUGAUGCUGGAGGAGGAGGGAGCGGUGAUCGUGGGCCUGCUGGUGGGCCUGAACGUCAUCGACGCCAACCUCUGUGUGAAAGGCGAAGACCUGGACUCUCAGGUCGGAGUGAUCGACUUCUCCAUGUACUUGAAAAACGACAUGGAUGACUACAGGAGCGAGGAGAGGAAUAGCCAGAUAGCAUCCAUCUUGGAUCAGAAGAACUACGUAGAAGAACUGAAUCGACAGCUCAACUCCACGGUUCACGGCCUCCACAGCAGAGUGGACUCGCUGGAGAAAUCCAACUCCAAACUCGUAGAGGAGCUAGCCAUAGCCAAGAACAACAUCAUCAAACUGCAGGAGGAAAACCAGCAGCUGAGGAGCGAAAACAACCUGAUUCUGAUGAAGGCGCAGCAUCAUCUGGAGGUGGCUCAGGGCGACACGUUGGUGGAGCGGGACACCUACAAGCAGUCCCGUCAGGGUCUGGAUGAGAUGUACAACGAGGCCCGGAGGCAGCUGAAGGAGGAGUGCCAGCUCAGACAGGACGUGGAGAACGAGCUGGUCGCACAGGUGUCCAUGAAACAGGAAAUGGAGCUGGCCAUGAAGCUCCUGGAGAAGGACAUUCAUGAAAAACAGGACACACUGAUCGGACUGAGGCAUCAGCUGGAUGAGGUGAAAGCCAUCAAUGUAGAAAUGUACCAGAAGAUGCAGUCGUCUGAUGAGGAGAUGAAGAAGAAGAACGAUGUGAUCAUUCGCCUGGAGGAGAAGACGAAUCAGAUCACCGCCACCAUGAAGCAGCUGGAGCAGAGAUUACAGGAGGCGGAGAGGCACCGCAGCUCCGCCGAGGAGGGAUCCAGGCGCUUCAAGCUGGACUUUGCCAACAAGGCGGACAGCCUGCAGCGGCAGAUCGAGCUCAGAGAGAAGCAGCUGCAGCAGCUGGAGACGGACCUGAAGAUCGAGCGCGAGUGGAGACAGACGCUACAGAACGACCUGGACCGAGAGAGAGACAUGGUGUCCCAGCUCAGCACCGAGGCCCUGCAGAUCAACGGCCUCAAGAAGGAGUUCCACCGCCUCCAGGAGGAAAACAUUCAGCUGAAAACCAUCUGUGAGGACCAAGAGAAAGCUCUGGAGGAGCUGGGCUCCAAACUUAGCGAGUCCAAACUAAAGAUUGAGGACAUCAAAGAAGCCAACAAGGCCCUGCAGGGCGGUCAGGUGUGGCUGAAGGAUAAAGACGCGACUCACUGCAAGCUGUGUGAGAAGGAGUUUUCCAUUUCAAGACGAAAACACCACUGCAGGAACUGCGGGGAGAUUUUCUGCAACAGCUGCUCCGACAACGAGCUUCCUCUGCCUGCGUCUCCCAAGCCGGUGAGAGUGUGCGACACCUGCCACGCUCUCCUCCUCCAGAGAUGCUCCUCCACUACGACAUGAGGCCAGACUCCACUGCCAGGACAGGACGGCUCUUUGCCAGGCCAGGUUGCUGCUAACGCUGGACCACAUCGACAAAUCCUCAUUACAUGUGCAGUAUUUAAGUUUGGCAGCAUCUGCAUGAACCUCUCAACUGUUUUUUUUGUUUUGUUUUGUUUUUUUACAAUUCCUCAACAAAAGUGCAACUGGACAAUGAGGAAGUUGUGACUGACCUAUUUCUGACUAAUACAUCCUAAAAACUUUGAUUUGUAGCAAAGAUGCAGCAACUUCAAGGCGGUGGAGAGUUUUACAAAAGAAACCGCAUUUUGAAGACUAAAGCAGAGUUUAUGUAUAGCGUUGAACAGCCGAGCUGUUUCAGAGUCUGGAUACGAAAGAAGAAACGACCUGAAAAAGAACUGAAAGUGAUGCUGCACUGACUGGUUCUGCCUAACUGGGUUUCUGAACCAAACCCAGUUCUUCUCACUACUCCAUUGUUCUGAUGCACGCGACAAACUUGAAACCCAAACUGGUGAGAUCAGGCAGAAAGCACAGCGCUUGACGGACAUGUGCCUUUUGUUGUUUAAGUACAAACUCUGGUUUGUGGAGAAGCUCUUAAAUGUUUACACAAACGGCUCAAGCCUCAGUCUGUAACUUCUAUUUUAGAAAGUGCAUAUUUGUUAAAAUUAUCAUUAAGUCGUGAAAGUACAAGACAGAAAUCUAUGAAAAGUUCCUCUGCUCCCAGUGCAGAAAUACACCACCAGUCAGAGCCAGGAGGAGGGUGUUAGCGCUGUCAAUCACUCUUGUACUCGCCCCCUCCUGCUUGCUUUUUGCUAAGCUGCAGCUGGUUCACCACAGUUACGGAUGCUAAAGCUAGUUAGCACUGCUACCAAUGAAUAAACGGAUUUCCUGGAACGAUAAGUUGAUCCUCUGACAUUAGCACCUUUAGCAGCAGGUUCUUGAGGCUGAUGGACAACGCUGAGCCACGCCUCCUGGCUCUGAUUGCUUGUCGUAAUAGCACUUAGAGGAGGUGGAGAAACCUGAUUAUGGAGACACGCUGACGGUUUGAAUAAAUAUGUAAAUGAAAUAUUUCUGUAAAAGUUGCACACCGCAGGUUGAAUUUAGAUCCAAAUUCAGAGAAAUAUUGACUGUAGAUAUUUUUACAAUAAUUAUCUGUGCUGUAAAAACGGCUUAUGUGGAUUUUAUUUUGCCAACGUUGAGAAGAUGAACUUGAUCAUGUUGAGGCAGAAACACUUUUCUAAUAGUGCCAUUUGAACCAGUGUUGGCACCACCGCCUCUGUUGCUCAUGUCGAUAUCGACUCCAAUCUGUUGCAAAGACGUUUCUGGGAUAAAAGCUCUUGAAUAUCUCAAAGUAGCAACACUAGCCAGUUAUUUAAAGAGAUUAAAGCCACACUAAUCAGAGCAACAAGCCGUUUGUGAACCACUAACGACACGCAGGUAUUUGCCAAUCAUGUAGUUUAUUAAAUGUACUUUUUUCUUUUUUUUUUUUUUUGUAAAUUAUGCACAUUAAUGUCUGAACAAUCCCUGUUAACUUGAUCAGCUGUUGAAGUUCAGUGCUGCUCCGUGGUUUACGAGGAACGUUUAUAACUUUAUUUUUACCACCUGUUGGUAAUGCAGCUUGAAGUCAACAGUUCAGGCCAGGAAUAUUUUAACUGGCUGAGGAAAGCUGUUUCUUUUUGACCUCAUAAAGUGAUUGUUUUUUUUUAAAACGGUGUGUUUUUGUCUUUUGUUUAUUAUUCCUCUAUAAUCUCAGUUUUGGACAGACUGAGCUUCAUACUCUGUUGUCUGCCUUUACAUUUUGGCCAGAAACUACAAAUUACACCAAGUUGGCUAAAACGGAAUAAAUGGUUAAGUUUAAUUGUAAUGUCGCUCAAAAUAUUAAAUAAAGACAUCUGACUGUUUAA